GGAGCGGAGCAGAACGGAGCGCGGGGCUCGGCGCUGCCCGGCCGGCCGAGCAUGCACUGAGCGAGCGGCCCCGGGCUCGGAGCCGCCCCGCUGCAUGCUGUGGGGAGACACGGUCGCGAUAAUAAAUGAUAGAGGAUACAAUGACUUUGCUGUCUCUGCUGGGUCGGAUCAUGCGUUACUUCUUGCUCAGACCGGAGACCCUGUUCUUGCUGUGCAUCAGCCUGGCCCUGUGGAGUUAUUUCUUCCACACGGAUGAGGUGAAAACCAUUGUUAAGUCCAGCAGGGAUGCGGUGAAGAUGGUGAAGGGCAAGGUGGCCGAGAUCAUGCAGAAUGACAGGCUCGGGGGUUUAGACGUGCUGGACGCUGAGUUCUCCAAGACCUGGGAGUUCAAGAGCCACAACGUGGCUGUCUACUCCAUCCAAGGCCGCAGGGAUCACAUGGAGGACAGGUUCGAAGUAAUCACCGACCUGGUGAACAAGACUCACCCCUCCAUCUUCGGGAUAUUUGAUGGGCACGGAGGAGAGUCGGCAGCGGAGUACGUGAAGGCGCGGCUGCCCGAGGUGCUGAAGCAGCACCUGCAGGACUACGAGCGGGACAAGGAGAACAGCGUGCUGUCCUACCAGAGCAUCCUGGAGCAGCAGAUCCUCUCCAUCGACAGGGAGAUGCUGGAGAAGCUCACCGUCUCCUACGACGAGGCAGGCACCACGUGUCUGAUCGCCCUGCUGUCCGACAAGGAGCUGACCGUGGCCAACGUGGGCGACUCGCGGGGCGUCCUCUGCGACAAGGACGGCAAUGCCAUCCCCCUGUCCCACGACCACAAGCCCUACCAGCUGAAGGAGAGGAAGAGGAUUAAGAGGGCUGGUGGGUUCAUCAGCUUCAACGGCUCGUGGCGCGUGCAGGGCAUCCUGGCCAUGUCGCGCUCGCUGGGCGAUUACCCCCUGAAGAACCUGAACGUGGUGAUCCCCGACCCCGACAUCCUGAGCUUUGACCUGGACAAACUGCAGCCAGAGUUCAUGAUCCUGGCCUCGGACGGGCUGUGGGACGCCUUCAGCAACGAGGAGGCCGUGAGGUUCAUCAAGGAGCGCCUGGACGAGCCGCACUUCGGCGCCAAGAGCAUCGUGCUGCAGUCCUUCUACAGGGGCUGCCCCGACAACAUCACCGUCAUGGUGGUGAAGUUCAGGAAUAGCAGCAAAGCUGAGGAGCAGCAGUGAGGAGCCCCCGGGCCCGCUCAGGACUCAGGACAGUCUGUGUGUGUGCUGGGAAGCUCCAGGAGCGCCGUGCGGGCUCUCCCGCGGCCGCGGGUCCAUCCGGGCUCUGCUCGUGGCUUGGCAAAAGGAGCAAUACAACAAAUAAAUCCAUGCUGAGCGACCACAAGAAUCCAGUCUGCCCCCUGCCCCCUGCCCUGUGCCCUCGCUGCUCCCUAGGAACCGACUGGAAGCUCCCAUUUCUCACUUUUCUUUAGGAAUCCUGUGUGGGUUUGGGUUUGAUUGCUCUCCUCAGGGGCACGGCAGGGCCAGGGCGGUGCUGCUGCUCCUCCCUCCCGCUGUCCCUGCUCAGGAGCUGCUCUCGUGUCCCUCAUCUCUGCACCCUGCAGUGGGAGGGCUGGCUGGGCAAGGGUUUGGGACGUGAAGGAGGAAGAGGAGCCAAUCUCAGCCUGCUGCCACUGCUGGCUCUGCUUUGUUCAGCCUCCCCCCACAAUAAACCCUGCCGAGCAUGUGAGUAGGUAGAGCUCCUGAAGCACCACGUCUAUUCAGGCUGUGCAUUACUCUAGGACAGUUCUUCUAGGCCAUAUUGUAUCCAGACCAACUCAUGGUGAACUUCAGCAAAGCCCCGGGAGCUCUGAAGCUCCUGGCUGGGGGCAGAGCUCAGCUGUGGGAGCAGAAUGUGUGUCCUGCACCGAGAUCCCCCCGACCUUACUGCUGUGGAAAGAGAUGGGAGAGCAAAUGGAUUUCACUGGUGACUGGUGGGAGCCUCACCCAAGCAGGGCGUUCCUCAGAGGUUCCUCAGAGCUUCCUAGCUGGAAGUCAAGCCUGAGAGAGACUUCCCUGUACCACUGCGGGUGGAUUUGUGGUGUUAAUCCCAGGGCAGACCCCUCUGGACGGGCUCUUGGGAUGACCUGCAAAUGCCAGGCAGCAUCAAUGCACUGUAGAGAUGAAAGGUUGUGUUAAAUCUAGGUUUUAAAAGUGUGUUUAGAUCUAACUUUCAGUAUUUAAUUGUAUUUUGGGAUCUGUGACUGCUGUGAGUUGGAGUGAGGACAGUUUGGGUUUGCUGCACCUCUGGUACCAGCUGUGUCAUGGCAGAGGGACAGGGCAGGCAGGAUUUUGGAUGGCUCCUUUGUCCUUACCCUGCCUUACAGAAGUCCUUGGGAUCUCCCCAGAACGUGGUCCUGGACACUCUGCUCAAGUCUUCAGGGUGGUGGAGGCUGUCUGUGUUUGGUGUGGAGCUGGGUCAGGGAUGUGACGGAUUCCCUGGCCUUGCCUGUUCCUUGGAAGGUCCAAUAUUCCUCAUUUCCCAGCUGUGGCCCCCCUGCUCACCUGCAGGAUCUCUCAAGGCAAAAAAUCAAAGAGCACAAACUUCUGCUCGAGAAGGAAUCCCCAUCUUUGUCUUGUUUUGUCCCCCCAGCAAACUUCCCUCCUUUAAUUUGUUUGGGGAUAAUCUCAGCCCUCAGCUGGCUCUGGUGGUGUUUCCAGAACGUGUCUGGAGCCCUGGGAGAGCAGUGCCCAGCAGGCAGGAGCCUGCCCUGCUCCUUUCCCUGCCCUUUCCCAUCCCUGGUGCAGCUGGGUGCCCCUGGCUGCCCAGCUGGGCAGUGAACAGGAAUUGCUGAGAGCUGCUCCAGGUACUGCAGUGCACACAGAGUGAGGGCAGAGGGCUGCAAGUGCAGCCCUGGGUGAUGGUGAUGCCACGGGAGUGCUGGAUCUGGGCUGGAAUGGCACAGAGCACUGGGAGAGCAGCUCCAGGCAGAGCUCAGGGUGUGGGGUUUGCCUUCCCUGUCCCCUUGUGCCUUCCCUGUCCCCUUCCCUGUCCCCCUGCGCCUUCCCUGUGGAGGGCACAGCUCCUGGGGAAAGAGGAAUUCCAGCAGCUCUGAAGGAUGUUUGUGAGCCCUGAGCCAUCCCAGGAGCUGCAGGGGUGGCCCUGCCCAGGAGAACAGCACAGAUCCAGCUGGGGUGGCAGCUCCCGGCGCAUUCCUGAGGGAUCCACGAGCCCUGAGCACAGCCAGGAGCUGGCAGGGGUGGCAGCCAGGAGGGAGCAGUGGCAGGGCAGGGCACUGACCCAGCAGGGCAGGAGGGGUUUGCAGGUUUGCUGGAUCCUUCCAGGAUCAUUCCAGGAUCGUUCCCUGUCCCCCAGCCAGCUCCAGGUGGCUUCAGCUGCAGCAGGAACUGUCCCAGCACCUUCAGCUUCCUCCCCCGUCCCCGGCAGUGCCAUCCAUGCCAACAUCUCUGCUCAGCCCGGGGUUUUUUUGCUUUGAUUGCUUUGGAAAAGGAGCUUCAGCUGCUCCAGGUUUGAAGGAGAAGGAGUGAUGGAGGUGAGAGGCUUUGUGUGGUGUCCCACAUCCACGUGCAGUGCCUACCUGUGCUCCCAGCUGGAGGCUUUGGAAGCUUUCCCUGCCAAGGGAGGCAUUUCCAGCUUCCAGUGGUGCUGAUCUGUGCCAAACUCUGCCGUGACACAGCUGGAGGCUGCAGGAUGAGCUCCUUGUGCACACUGCUGAUGCACCCCGACCGGUGCAGGGCUCUCCCACUGCCUUAACACUGCAUCCAUCCAUCCACCCAUCCAUGCUCCACCUGGGGAGGAGCUGUGGCCAGGAAUUCCCUGUGCCUGUGGCAGCAGGGCCCCAGCCUUCCUGCUGCUCUGCUCCCAAACACAGCUGGGCACAGCUGGAGCUGCUCCUGCCAAUCCCCCUGGGCACAGCUGGAGCUGCCCCUGCCAAUCCCCCUGGGCACAGCUGGAGCUGCCCCUGCCAAUCCCCCUGGGCACAGCUGGAGCUGCUCCUGCUCACCCAGCCCGGUUUGGUGCCUUCAUUCCAUCCCCCCGGGCACAGCUGCAGCCUCAGGGCACAGGGGUGGCUGCCAAGGAGCAUCUGCAGAUGGCUCAAAGUGACAAAGGGACCUUGAACCACGAGGCUGAGCCAGUGCUGGGGAAUUUGGGCUGUUCCCAAACUGGGCUGUUCCCGAAUUCAUCUGUUCCCAGGGACAUUCCAGCUCUCAGUGCUUGGGAAUUGGAGCAUCCCAGUGCUUGGGAGCUGGGCUGUUCCCAAACUGGGCUGUUCCUGGGGACAUUCCUAGGGAUGUCCCAGCUCCUAGUGCUUGGGAAUUGGGCUGGCCCCAAACUGGGCUGUUCCCAAAUUCAUCUGUUCCCAGGGACAUGCCAGCACUCUGGAAUGCAGCUGUUCCCAAAUUCAUUUGGUCCCAGGGAUGUCCCAGCUCCCAGUGCUGGGAAUUUGGGAAUUUGAGCUGUGUCCCAGGGAUGUCCCAGUGCUCAGGAACUGGGCUGUUCCAGGGACAUUUGGGAACUGGGUUGUUCCCAAACUGGGCUGUUCCCAAACUGGGCUGUUCCCAGGAACAUUCCAGCACUCUGGAAUUGGGCUGUUCCCAAACUGGGCUGUUCCCAAAUGUUCCCAGGGGUGUCCCAGUGCCAGCUCCCUGCCCUGGGAUGCUCUGCUGAUUCCCUCCUCCUGCAGCACAGGGGCUGCUGUGGGGUUCACCCAUCCCUCGGGUCACUCCUGGAAUGUCCCAGCCUGUCCCCAGCCUGGUGCUUCCUUCUGCUGGCCUCAGACAUCCCCACAAACCCCACAGCAGCCCCUGGCAUAGAGGAUUUCAGCUCCCACUGCUGCUGCUGCAGGUUAAACCAUUUCCAGAGGUGAAAUUUAAAAUAUUGUGCAGGUUUUAGAAUCCAGGAGGAGUCAGAGUUAAAGCACUGCAUCAGCUUGGCUGCAGAAACACCAAUGCCACAGCCUCAAAAAAAAACCAACAAAAAAAAGGGAAUUUUGUGUCUCAGGAUACAGGGCAGCCCUGCUUUAAAUAAUAUGGAUUUAUUGCUGAUGUAGCUGAGACUUGUUUUACACAGAGAAGCAUUCAGUCAGUGAUUAUACUACAGAAAAAACACCUCAGCAGCCUGUCAUGCCCCAGAGCAGGAUUCCAGGCCUCUGAACAAAAUUCCAGGUGAGAAUGUUCUGCUGGGAUUUGGCCACUGCAGAGCCCCGAGCUGCAGCCCCUUGUGCCCAGUGUGUUCAUAAAUGGCCUUUCUGAAACUCCAGAGAAAAAGAUCUGUAGAGACAGUGAAUAGUGAGCUGAAGUUUCGUUGCUUUUAUUUUUCCAGUGCUGACUGGACGAGGCUUAGGGGAGCCAGGGGAUGAGUCUGGAUUUUCCUGAGGUGACUCAGAAUCCCGGGGAGCAGCUCUGGAGGAUGCUCUGGGAAGCAAAACCUGCCGGGAGCAGCUGCCAGAACCACAAACAGGGGUUUGGGGGCAGUUCUGGAGGGAAAAUGAUGGAUUUGGAUGGAUUCCAUGGGUUUGGGCAGCUCCUGGGCCUGCUCUGCCCAGCCCUGAGGGAUGGGAGGGUUUUUGGGGUCCCUUCCAACCCAAACCAGUCUGGGAUUCUGGGAAUUACCUCAGCAACAGGGAACUGAAGCACUUUAGUUCUAUUCCCAAGCAUAUUUCAUGGCCAGUCCUGCAUUUUUUGCAGCCUGAGUUGCACCCGUGGGCACAGCCUCUCUGACACCAAACAUCCACAAACGGGAGGCAAAAUCUGGGGAAAUAUCCCAAACCUCCUUUACACUGAGCACAGGGAGUGCUGCCCCACAUCCCCUGUGUGAUUUAUGGGAAUUUCUCUGUGCCAGGGUGCACACAAAGCAUUGCAGCAUUUAACUCCUCUGAAAUAACAGCCAGAAUGGGAAUUUCACCUUCUGCUCCCCACCCAGCAGCAACUUCCAAACACCUUUGCCCAAUUUAUUAUUAUUAUUAUUAUUAUUAUUAUUAUUAUUAUUAUUAGGCUUUUCAUGUCAGGAAACCCCACAGUUUUCCCAUCAAAAUCACAAAUAUUUUGAAUUCUGAUUUAAUACAGCUGCAUGAGGAAAAAAAAAAAAAAAACUUAUUGGGAUUUGGGAAACCUUUAGCCUGUGUUUUACACUUUGUUUUUAGUACAAUAUUCCAGGCUGAUGCAAUAAAAUUUGGCCCCUCCCUACUUCAGUUCCCAGAUUAUUUCACGCUUUUAAGGUUUUUCACCUUUUGCCAGGCUGCUCACACUAAAACCUUCCCUAAAAUGGCUUUGAGCAGGAACAGGAGCUCAGUUAGGAAUUCUACAGCCUUUUAAGCAAUAAUAAAGUCAGAAUCAAAUACAAGCCAGACUUGGAAAUGAGUUUUUUUUUAGGAAAGCCAGGAGCAGGAUGGAUGUAUUUCCAAUGCUGCUGGCUCUGUAAAUGACAAUUAACUUCAGGUGGCACAAAGAGAUCACUGUGUACAAACCUAAGCCUUGGAACCGGAGAGCAGUGUCAGCAUUUGGGGCACAAAACCCCGAAUUCCUGCAGGUGACAGGAGAAUUUCUGGCCAUCCUCACCUCCCCAUCCCUCCCUCACCACGAGCACUCUCUGCUUUAUCCAUUUUCCGAAGGCAGCAGAGUCGUGAUUACGUUUUUAUUUUGGAAAAAGCAAUACAAGCUGUGCUGUAGUAUCAGUGUUCUUGUGGUAAAUGAUUUAUUUCCAGGCAUUUCACGUGGCAGGCUCAGAGAGGAACGGAGGGGUUGGGGUUUGAGGUGUGGAAACAAUCACAGAACAGGGCACUUCCCCCAGUACCUGCUCAGAGAACAAUCCAAUCCCAGCUCCUACACCCACAGCACAGCUGGAAUUUCACCUGGAAUACAAGAGCAUCAUUCCCUCAGUUAUGCAAUACUGUAUUUUCCCAGAAAUAAAAAGAAAACAAACAAAUAA